AUGGACGCGCUGACGGGGUCCCAGAUUCAAUUCUUGCGAGAUCUCCAAGAGGCCCUCUUUGCCGUUCGGGAGGCCGAGCGUCAGCGUGCACAGACUGGCCCGCCUUUUGCUUCUGCCAGGGCAAGUCGUGAGCGUGAGCGUUCGAGGUCCAGGGACUCGAGUCGCGAUGCGACACAUCACUCCAAUGCUUCGGGGGAACGGGCACGGGACCUCAGCCCCUCCAGGUUGCUGCGCCAAAUUUCUUGUCUCCGCAGUGACGGACACAGACUUGACAACCUCUGCUUGGGACGCACUCAUUUGAUGAGUACCUUGCUGGCUAACCAGGAGUCCAGUUCUCCUUUUUCUGCGAUUUCCGAGUUUGUUUUGGAUACCAGGGCCUCCCUGAGGACUCUGCAUUCACGUCUUGAUGAGCUCACACGUGUGGCCGCCGAGACUGCGAUGAGUACAGCUUUUCGUCUUGAUCGUUUGGAGGCCGCUUUGGCCCCAGCUUUAGUGCUGGCCUGCGCGUCCUGUGACCUCCGGGUGCAGUGGACUCGCUGCGCUCACGACUCGAGCACAAUGCAGGGGGCGAGUAACGGGUGCUCGAGCGAUCAGGGCCCAAGGAUAGACUUCGAAGCUUUGCUGAGCGCGGCUGUGGAUGCUUGUGCUAGCGAUGCUAGACAGCCCGCGGCAUUGCCUUGGGAGCACGGUGUGUUCAAGAGCAUCUUCGAGCCUAGCGAUGUGGUGGGCUGGGAAGACACUUUUAUGCUGCCCGACCUCCCUGUGCCAGAUGAUCCCGAGGAAAUUCUUCCACCUUCGGAAAAGAAGAGGCGUCUUAGGGAAAGUGGCCUCGUUCCUGGAGUGUGUUUUUCAGUGGUACGUAAAAGCCACGGCAUAUCUUGGCAAGCUCAGCGCGACAAGGACCACGACAUGGCCAUGGCUCGAUGGACCUUUGUUAUCUUGAGGUGGGCCGAUCUUCGCCCGGACCUCUUGAUCUGCAAGAGUCUGCUUGAGUGUGCUACCGCAGAAGAACGUACGGAAGUUCUUCGGGAUUGGUUGCAUCCAAAAGCUCCGAGUACGCUGCUAAAGCGUGUUAACUCUCUGCUUCGUUUUCACAAAAGUGAGGGAUGGUCAGACGAGACUUUUCCGUAUGAAGAGGGCAAUGUUUACAAGCACAUGGUGGCAGCCAGAGCUGGCGGAGCGAAGCCGGCACAGAUGCGUGCGCUUCGUGAGGCGUUGAUCUUCGUUCGACAUGUUUUCUCAAUUGAGGAGAUUGAGAACGUGAUAUCCAGCAGGCGGUGUCUUGGUGCAGCAUCGAGGGGUGCACGGCGGAAGGCGCGCCAUAGGGCUGACCCUUUGACCUUGAAGAAUUUGAGGCUGCUCCACUCCAUGUUGGGGGACAAGAGUGUCCCCGCUUGGGAUCGAGUUUUCGCGGGAGCAGCUUUGUGCUGCGCGUACAUGCGAUCCCGUUGGUCCGAUUUUCAGCACUCUAUCUCGUGUGGGCUGGAGUGCGGGGCUGAUGGUGAGAGGCUCUUCCUGGAAUUUACCUGUGAGGAUUACAAAACAGUCAACUCUAAAUUCUUUGCGGGUGUACCGCUUCGGAUGAUCGCUCCUGGACGGGGUAUUGCUGGGCCGAACUGGCUCGAUUUGUGGCACGAGGCUCGAGUGGAGGUGGGACUUACAGAGUUCGUUCCACCCUUGCCGACGCCAGGCCCUGCAGGAGAACCUACCGGUGCAUCUGUGAGCACUGAGGAGAUGUCUUUAUGGCUUCAGAAGAUCUUCGUCGACCGUGGAUCACUCAGAACAUCUGGCCACACGCUGAAGAGGACUUUCCUUACCAUGGCGACAAAGCGUGGCGUUGAGCACUUGGACCGGUUGGUUCUGGGUGGACACGCAAACUCGGCCGGGAUGGCCGACACUUAUGGCGAUGACGAGUUGGCCCGGCCCCUCCGCCUGCUCAUGGCCUUGAUUUCUGGGAUUCGAGAGGGUGUCUUUGAUCCAGAUGCCGGUCGUGCGGGUUAUUUGCGUGGGAUCAUGGGAGAGGGUGACGGCGUGACGGGUGACGACGACAUGUUUGGCAUGAUCGACGCGCUUGAUAAGGGAGCACCGAGCCAGCCAGACGUCUUCUUUCCGGGCGAUGAUGACGCGAUUCUGAUUCUUCCAGCUCGAGUGGAUCAAGUGACUCAAGUGACAGCUCAGGAAGCGAUGACGAACCGGUUUGACUCAUCAGUGUGUCGCAACUGCAAGAAGGCAGUGGCGGACACUGACCUGGUGCUCGAGCUGCCUUUAGGGAGCGGCAUGUCUCUGGUUGACAGUGAGGCUUCAUUUCGGCAGCGAUGUCAAGACGUCGGCGGGGGCGCGAUUCACACCGCACUGUCUGACCAAGGGAUCACUUCCUUUGCCUCGCUUGCAUACUCCUGUGGCACGCCUCAGGAUCGACCCACACAGGCGGAAAUGGACGCAUUUGCAGUAAAGAUCUUGGGGGCUGCUCCCCGUUUGGGUGAUGUGUCUAUUUUGAAGCGAUUGAUGUUCGAGUCCGCCACAUAUGUCAUAGCUCAGUUGCGUCAAGCUGUGCAAGGGGACUCUGCCGAACAGCCUCGAAAGCUUCCACUUGCUGAAAAACAGGCCAGGGCCGAAGAUCAGCGCCGUCGGCUUAGUGGGGUACAUAUAGAGCGUGAUUUGGUCCCUUCCCACGCUUUGGUGGACCUCUGUUGUCACAUGCGUGAUGUGGGCAUCACAUGGAUAUCGCCAGGCAAAUGCACCAGCCGCGAAUCAGAAAUUCAGCUUUCAACGAAGGACCAAAGCAAAGUCUUUCGACUUGAGGACAACUCGUUGAAGGUCGGCAGUGAACAGCCUAAGGACAUUGCUUCUUAUGAUUCGCCGAUCAAGUUGCAGUGGUGCCUUCAGCGCCGCGGUCUGGCCUUGGACCAGGCUAAGGUGCUGACGUGGGCCCAGCAUGAGCGUUGGGUUCACUGCUUGCUUCACGCACUGACUAAGGAGUGCCCUCCAGGAUUCCACAAGCCUGAUAUGAAUCGCAUUGUGCAGGCCGAUCGUGAAGCCUGGUUGAUCAUGGCGUCCGAGGUGCCAUCGCUUAAGCCAAGUACUGCUGGCGAGUACCCUCUGGGUAAGGCUUUGGAUGCGUUGAGGACUGACCCUCGGAUCACCAUGUACUUGAUGGCUACCUGGGGCCGUGCACCGGAUGUUAAGGUUCAAGACCUUGAGCAAGGCUCCCCUGCCAAACCAGGUGAAGGACUGUCCCGAGCCGCCAAGCGCCGUCGCCGUGCAAAAGAGGCGGCUACUGCUGCCAAGCGUAGAACACCUGCUGGACGGAGCACAGGCGCCCAGGCUACUGCUGCACAGGCUGCAAAGGCACGCACCGUGCCGGCUGAACUUAAGGAUGCCCACCAGAAAACUGAGGACGGCAAGCCCAUCUGUUGGGACCAUAAUUGUGCCGGCUGCAAGGCCAAGACUGAGGGAGACCCACCGCGCUGCCCUCGGGGUGUCCAUGUUUGUGCUUACUGUCGCCGGGCGGCUGCCAUUUCUGGCUAUGGCCCACACUCAGUGGGAUUUCAUUUUUCCCCUGCUGCCACUUCUGAGGUUGCCGACGUGUUGGCACCCGCGGAGGCGAUAGCAUUGCAAUGCCUACAGGCCGGUUUUGCUAGUCAUGACGAUUUUCGGAGCUUGAUCGCUUUGCUCCCUGCGGACACUGCCGGUGCCCCGUCAGAAGAAUCUGUGGACCCGACGGCUCCCAAAUCUUUCACAUCCGGCGCAUAUGUCCAUCAAGCCAAAGCCGGACUGCGCUCUAAUUUUCACGCCUUUCCUUUCAGUACCAUGCUUUUGGCCGCCGUCUUGUCGGCGUCUUUUGGCUCUCGCUGCUUCUCGUCUGUUGGACUUUUCUUGAAUUUAAAGGCGCCUCUGCACAACGACGCCAACAACGAUCAUGCCCAUCCCAACCUGAUCUUGCCUGCCUCUGUUUUCCACAAAGGCCAGAUUUGGGUUGAGGGCAAGGGCGAGUGUCCGUGCCCCGACCCCGACGUGCCGCGUCUGGGCUACUUGCUGCCUGUUGCUGACGGCCCACAGUUGCUUCCUUCAGAGAGGCUGCACGCAACUUGUGAUUGGGACGGUACUCGCCUGUUGAUUGUGGGAUUCUGCAUUCGUGACACUGGCCUCCUGUCCGAGGCACACCGUGUUCGACUCCUUGAUGCUCGUUUCCUCCUGCCUCAAGUUGAGUCCGGAUCGGCCUCAGACGAUGUGCUCCCCGUGCCACCGCCCAAGCGGCCCAAGGUUGCCUACCGUUCGCCUGAAGCCGGACCAUCCGCAAGUGCAUCGGCUUCUACGCAUACUGGAUUGCAGGAGGCUUUCCCUCAACAGGCCACACCGCUGGUUAUUGAGAUUUUUGCCGGCACGGCUCGGCUCAGCACUGCCUGUCAGAAGCUGGGUUUCAGAACGCUUGCAAUCGAUAAAUCCACGGCACGUGGACGCUUCCCCAUACAACGUCUUGACCUCACCGAUGCUGACGACCUUUGCAUUCUUCUGGAUAUCAUCCGUCUUGAGGCGGCCAAUAUUGUCUGGAUCCAUUGUGCGCCGCCAUGUGGCACCGCGUCUGCGGCGCGCUCACGGCCCAUUCCCGAAUUGACGGCUGCUGGUGUUCGGGUGCCGCAACCUUUGCGCAGCACUUCCGAACCCCAAGGACUCUCCACUUUGACUGGCGCAGAUCUUGAACGGGUCCAGAAGGCCAAUAUGCUCUACCGUGCCGUCGGGCAAAUUGCUGACCUGGCUCGACAAUUGAACAUCUUCGUCACCGUGGAAAACCCACGCAACUCUUUGGCUUGGUUGUGCGAUGGCCUGGACGAGCUGUUCCGCUCACCACAUCACACCGUGGUCUACGAUGCCUGCAUGCAUGGUGGCACACGUGACAAAACCACCUUGUUGUGGUGCUCUGCUGAUUGGUUUCAGCCUCUCGCUCUUCGAUGUUCACGCGACCACCAGCACGCUUCUUGGAAACCUCGUUUGCAGCCGCAUGCUACCUCUUUCCCGACUGCAGAUGAGGCUGCACAUCCGGUGCUGCUUUGUGAACGAAUGGCCCACAUCAUUGCUGAACGUGCUGGGGGACUCGCGCUUGCUGCGCCCGACCCGCGCCCUUUUUCCCAGGUAUACUUGCAGCGACAGCCUCGCUUUGCACGACCCUUGGUCGCCUGCUAUUCUGGGCGUGAUGAUUGGGCCAUCCCUGUUCGAUCCGAUGAUCUUACCUCCACGCUGCUGGCUUGCUACCCAAAGGGAGCGCGCAUUAUUCAACGCAAACUGGUAUCCUGGGGUAUGGUGCGGGUUUGCGUGCCUUCCAAAUGCACAGGCAUCGACCUGUCGUCGUUGCAUUCCAAAUACCCCCAACGGGUGAGGAUCGCUGAUUGUACUGAGGAGGACCACCUCAAGCAUGACGAGACAGUUGCAAUAACAGGUUUCAUUGGGGCAGACGAUCCGUGCUCCGAGCAUGCGGAGAUUGUUUCUGUUGGAAUACCCAAAGAACCUUGCGACUUCGUGGCGGAUGCCGUGAAGGCUGGACAUCCAAGGAAUGCUUUGAACGCGAGCCGGGAAGGACCUUCUUCCAAAGUUGCAGAUGCCAUUCUCAUGGAUUUCGAACGGAGGGAGCGGCUUGCCUCAAAAACCAAGGAUCGUUGGGGUCAGAUUGCGGCUACGACUAAGCCCUUGAGUCAGGACAUGUUGAAGCACAAGCCGGACUGCAUUGUGACUGCGUUAGGGGAUAAGAACCUUUUGGCCUGGAAAAGUAUUCUUGGUGACAAUGGCUUCCCAGACCAACAACUCUGGUCUGACCUGCGCGAUGGACUUAGACUGACUGGCUGGAUGCGAGACACUGGAAUCUUCGACAAGAAAGUCCGUCCCCCGCAAACAUCGCUGGAGCACCUGCUAAGUCAAUCCCAGUACCAAACACCCUUGACCUUGAAAAGGCUACAGAAGACUGUUGUUGACAUCACGGCACGCAAGGCGUGGGCUGAAACGGUGGAGGAAGAGAAGAAGGGAUGGAUCUUUCGGGAUGAAAGUGCAAAUCUUGAUGACAUAGUCUUGGCCCAUCGUUUCGGCUUGCAGCAGAAAGACAAAGUUCGUGUAAUCGACAACGGCAAGGAGUGUGGCCUCAACUUGGCGUGUGGGCUACCAGAGAAGUUCACCUUGCAUGGGGUGGACGUGCUUGCUGGAGUUUUCAUUGAGUUGCUCAACCGCCCUGAAGCUGCCGGCAAAAGGAUCAAAGGGAAAACCAUUGAUCUUGUCUCUGCGUACAAAUUCUAUCCAAUCCACCCUCAAGACAGGCGUCACUUGAGGAUCGGGGUCUAUGACACCGACUCUGGCAUAGUCAGGAUUUAUGGAACCAAUGUUCUUCCUUUCGGUGCCACCGGAAGUGUGGCAGGUUUCCUGCGAGUUUCGGCGGCGAUUUGGCAUACGGGCAUCCAGGACCUUGGCCUGGGAUGGUGCGCCUACUUUGACGAUUUUCCUUUGAUGGCCCUUGAGGGUCAUGAAGACCAAGUUGGGGAAUUGGCUGGAGAAGUGUUCGACGCACCGGGGAUCCAAUACGCAAGGGAGGGUAAGAAGGCCACUGACUUUGAUUACACUUUUGACGCCCUGGGAUUGCAGUAUGACUUGACGAAAUUCAACGAGGGGGUGGUCAUCAUUCGGCAUACGGAAGCACGUACUGCUGAGCUGGUGGAAACACUCGAGGGAAUCUUACGUGAUGCUGUACUCCGACCUAAGGAUGCGGAAGUUUUGAGGGGAAGGAUGCACUGGUUUACUUCGUAUCUUUUCGGUCGUGCGCCGUGUGAGGCGAUGAGACAGAUAUCCUUGAGGGCACAGUGUAUGGACUCAUGCACAAGGCUCACUGACGACCUGACCGAGGCGAUUCAAACCUUGCUCCGCUACGUGGUUGAUUCCAGGCCAUUAGAGCUGAGGCAAACGACUGGGCGCGAGCUGUAUGUCUUUACAGAUGGCUCGUAUGAGCUUACGGCUGAGAAGCGAGCCGGCAUCGGUGGCGUCCUCUAUGACAGUGCUGGCACGCCGUUGUCAUUCUUCUCUUCACAGGUGAACGAGGAUGAUCUGCGGGCUCUUGAGGAAGCUUCUGAUCAUCCGAUAUAUGAAGUGGAACUGUAUGCCUCAUUGGUUGCUGUUGAGAUUUGGGGACCCUUAUUAGAGGAUUCCUUUUCCGUUUUUUACCUUGAUAACGAAGCCGCUCAAUCAGCACUCAUUGCGGGCCGUUCGGGCACGGAUCAUGGAAGGAAGCUGGUCCAACGCUUCCUGGAUGCCGAGCACAGGUGGCGGGCAAGGCCAUGGUUCGGGCGAGUCCCGACUCACUCGAAUCCAGCGGACGAGCCAAGCCGCGACUGCUGCAAAAGGCUCUUGAAUCAAGGCGCUCAGCGGAUGCUGACCAGCGGUGAGAGGCUGCUUGUUUGA